CCCUAACCAAACACACUCAUCACAAAAAUCCCAUCACAUUCUUGAAAAUAAAAAUAAAAAAUGAAGUUGUUCUUCCUAGCGACGCUCUCGCUGCUCGUGAUCAUCGGUUUCGUGGAGAGCUUCGACUUCCACGAGGCCGAGCUGGAGACGGAGGAACGGCUGUGGGACCUCUACGAGCGGUGGCGGAGCCACCACACAGUGACGAGGAGCCUCAACGACAAACACAAGCGUUACAACGUGUUCAAGGCCAAUGCCCAUUACAUCAAAGACUUCAACAAGAUGGAUAAGCCCUACAAGCUCAAACUCAACAAGUUUGCCGACAUGACCAACCACGAGUUCCGAAGCAUCUAUGCCGGCUCGAAGGUGAAGCACAAUCGAAUGUUCCAAGGGAACCUACGAGCAAACGGAGGCUUCAUGUACGAGGAUGUCCAGAAUGUUCCAACCUCCAUUGAUUGGAGGAAGAAAGGCGCUGUCACCGCAGUCAAAGAUCAAGGCAACUGUGGUAGUUGCUGGGCGUUUUCGACCGUUGUUGCAGUUGAGGGGAUAAACUAUAUCAAGACAAAGAAAUUGGUGUCUCUGUCUGAACAAGAACUUGUUGAUUGCGACACUGUCCUAAACGAGGGGUGUAAUGGAGGGCUAAUGGACAUAGCAUUUGAUUACAUAGAAAAGAAUGGAGGAUUAACAACCGAGAAGAUCUAUCCCUACACGGCUAAAGAUGGGCAAUGUGAUAUGAAAAAGGCGAAAUGUCCAGCAGUAGCCAUUGAUGGACACGAGAAUGUUCCCGCCAACGACGAAGGCGCGCUGUUGAAAGCAGUAGCUAACCAGCCCGUCUCCGUAGCAAUUGAAGCUGCAGGCCCUGAUUUCCAAUUUUACUCAGAGGGGGUAUUUACAGGGGAAUGCGGCACCAACUUGGACCAUGGGGUGGCGAUCGUUGGGUACGGCACGACGCUGGAUGGGACGAAAUAUUGGACGGUGAAGAACUCGUGGGGAGCUGAAUGGGGCGAGAAAGGUUACGUUAGAAUGAAACGUGGGAUUAGUAAAAAACAUGGGCAGUGUGGGAUUGCGAUGGAAGCAUCUUAUCCCAUCAAAAAGUCGUCCAACAAUCCCGGCGGGGAGACUGAAUCGGCGACUAAGGACGACCUCUAAAUCGUAUUCAUUGGAUUUUGCGUUUGCCAUCGACUGUUCUAUUUCAAGAUUAGGAGUUAUUUUGUGAUGUGCCGCAAAUUCAUUUCUAACUAUUGUUAUUGUCUAGUUUGGAGUGUGUGUUCAAUGUACCGAGUUAUGUCUAUGAUUUAAAUUUUAAUAAAAUGGUUCUUUGAUAUCA